AUGCCAUAUGGAUAGAGACUGGAACUCUCAGUUUCAAAUCCUAUGAAAAUGAAUUCUCUCAAAAUGGAGGUAUUUGCAAAUUUUGCUCAAGAAUAAUUUGUAUUUAUAAAAUGGUUACUUGUUAAAUUGGAGCUAAGAGUUGCAAACAUGACAGCAUAUUUGCUAAUAGAGCAACCAAAAGUAAAUAUUGCAUUUCUUUCUCAAGUACAAACAAGUAUUCCAAGUGCUUAAGAUAUAUAAACCUAAAGUUGGUUACCAUAUUUCGCUUUUUUUAAAUCUUCAUAACACAAACUGUGUAAUUUAGUUAGCAAUACUAUUUCUUCUUGA